UGCUGUUGUCUGGGUGGCUUCUUUUGGUGAGCAAAGGCUUGAACUCAGAAGUGGGGAUCCCUCCUGGACCUCUGCAUGGUCAUGGACCAGUUCAAGGCAAUCCUGCCCCAGGUGAGGGCUCUGCUAUCCAAUGCUUGGCCUUCCCAGGUACGAGACUUUCUGGAUGAUCUUCUGGAAAAGAAACUUCUCUCUAAAGAGUACCACCAGGCCUUGCUCCAAGAGUCUGAUGGAGAAGCAUUGGCUAGGAAGGUUUCCUUGUCCCUGUUGGAGAAGUGGGACCUGUGCCUAAGCACCCUGAUCCAGUAUGUAGGACAUCCUGAAAACAAGCUCCAGACUCCAGGGAUGGAUGGGGUCUCCUUCUCAAGGAGCCAAGGUGCUGAUCAGUGUGCAGCUAUGGAAUCUGGGCCAUUGACAGAAGGAAGCUACAUGGGGCUACUACAAAGCGAUGUUGACCCCCUACAUCUUUUCCAUUUUUAUGACCAAUCCCUGGCAACAGAAGAAGAGCUUGAGUUCUCUUUAGAUCCCGAAACUGAUACAAUCAACUGUGAUCAGGUCAACAGGCUAUGGAAUGCCAUAGAAGAUGAGGGGACAGGAGAGGCCUAUGACAGGAUAGCUGCACUGGCAGAAUAUAUGUUCUCAGAUCGAUAUCCAGAGACAGAAGGCAUUUUUGGAAACAUUGGCCCAGAUGAAGUGGUCAACGAGAACUUAGAUUCAUUGACUGAGAUACCACAGAAAUCACAGAAAUGUCAGAAAAGAUUGUUUCUGGAUAAUCCUGAGCCUCAGGCAGACAGUUGGGAGACCAAACGCAGAAAGCCAGAAUCAUCCUCAGCUAUUCCAUUGGUGACCAACAAUUUAGUGACAGUGUCUUCUAACAACAACUUGGUCCCGAAGAGCUCUCUGUCUCCUGUUGCAGACCAGGUUGCCAAGCCCAGCCUGCUCUCUUUGGAAGAAACCUUUCUUGUGCCCAUGUCCUCAGCCAGUCCUGUUCUCACUUGCCUGAAUUUCAACGGGGGACCCAUCCAACUCAUCCCCACCUUCUCUACUUUUCCUCAAGGUGUCUUACACUUCACAGUGGAAAACAAGGUCUCCAACAUUAUAUUAUAUCCAACUGCAUCAGGAGGUGAUGGUACCAUUCAGAGCCUCCCAGUAUCACCUGACAGGUAUGGCUCUACCAGUCCAUUUGCUCCAUCAGCAGCAGAUAUGCCCAACAUGCCUGAGGCCUCAGCUCUAACUUCACAAGACAGAAAAACAGAGUCUGUGGAACGGUUCUCUCAUGCUCUGCACAAAACUUAUGAGGAUGUUCCAGAAGGUCUCAACAGACAUUACAUUGAUGUAGGCCUCACAAGAACUCAAGUGGAGAAAAAUAGUAAGUUUCAGGAGAAGGAACUGGCAAUCCAGGACUGGACAGAGAGACAGAAGGCCCGUGUGGGAUGGAGAGAGGUGUUUGCCAGCCCCAGGGGACAGAAGAGGGAAACACAGGUGAUCGCAGUACUGGGCAAGGCUGGUCUGGGCAAAAGUGCCUGGACCCGGGAAGUCUGUAGGAACUGGGCCCGGGGCCAGCUACCCCAGUAUGAAUUUGUUUUUCACUACAAAUGCUGUAGCCUGAACUUGCCAGGGAAUGACUACUGCUUGAAGGAUCUAUUUUUCAGACUCUGUAAUCACUCACUGGAAGAGAGUGAGGAAAUCUUCAAAUACAUUUUGAAGCACCCAAAUCGCACUUUGAUCAUUCUGGAUUCCUUUGAGGAGCUAGAAGGGCAAGAUGGCUUUCUGAAUUAUCCAGCCAGUCCCUGUCCUAGGGAGUCCCGGCCCAUCAAAGGGCUGCUGGCUGGUCUCUUUCAAAGGAAGCUCCUGAGGGGUUGCACCCUGCUGAUCACAGCUAGGCGGAAGGGAAAGUUUAUUCAGUACCUGGCCAAGGUAGACAGGCUUCUGGAGGUGCAGGGCUUCUCCGAUGAGCAGGUGGAGUCUUACUUUGAAAAAUACUUCCAGGGUUCCCCAUCAGACAGAGAUGAGGCCUUGAGGCUUGUCCGGGCCCAGCCAUACCUGCUCAGUCACUGCUACAGCCCUGCUGUGUGUCAUUCCCUCUGCCAGCUUUGUGAGAAGAUCAUGGCCCAGGAGGGUCCAGCCCAACUUCCCUCCACACUCACCGGUCUCUUCGUUAGCCUCCUUUGCUCAGUCCUGAGAGCCAGGGAAAAGGGGUCAUCUGAAACUUGGUCCAGAGACUGCCUGGCAGGCUUGGCAGAGCUGGCCUGGGAACUAGGCCAGAAACAUUGCAACGUCCUGAGAGAAGACCAGUUCCCCUCAACAGAAGUGAAGGAAUUUGCCAUUAGGGGGGACUUUGUGUGGCCACUCCCAAUAGCCAGAGAACCGGAGAUGGCCUUCUCCACCUUUGUCCUGCAGAACUUCCUGGGAGCUCUGAGGCUGGCUCUCAGUGAGGAAGUAAGGGCCAAGGAGCUCCCCAGGUAUCUAGCCCUGACUCCUAGGAAGAAAAAGCCCUAUGACAAUUGGCUGGAGCGGGUACCUCACUUCCUGGCCGGGCUCCUCUUCCAACCCCUGUCCUCCUGCCUUGGACCUCUUGGUGGAAAUGAGCAGGUUGGGCUUGUGUGCAAAAGGCAGAAGGUACUCUUGAGCUACCUGACCCAGCUACAGCCGGGGACACUGGGGCCUGGGAGACUCCUUGAACUGCUGCACUGUGCCCAUGAGGCAACCAAUAGCCAUCUGUGGCAACACGUAACAGCUGGGCUGCCCUCCUGCCUCUCUUUCUGCAGAGUCCGCCUGGCCCCCCCAGAUGUGCAUGUUUUGGGUGAGGCCUUGAAAGCAGCCAGCAAAGACUUCUCUCUGGAUCUCAGGAACACCUCCAUUGACCUGCAAGGGUUAAGGACCCUUGUCCAACUUGGUUGUGUUACCUGCUUCAGGGCAUCUCUGAGUGACACAGUGUGGCUGUGGGAAUCCCUUCGGCAAAGUGGAGAAUAUGAACUACUCCAAAGUUCCACUGAGAAGUUCACCAUAGAUCCUUUCAAAGUCAAAUCCAUGAAGGAUGUAGAGGACCUUUGUAGCCUGGUGCAGAUCCAAGACUUAGGAAAUGCUGCUAUAGAGGCCGUUAACCCCCUUCCUGUCAUCAGAGACCUGAAGAAACUUGAGUUUGCACUUGGCCCAGUGUUGGGUCCCCAGGGUUUUCCAAAAUUGGUUAAGAUACUUGCAGCUUUUUCAUCUCUUCAGCAUUUGGACCUGGACACCCUGAGUGAGAACAAAAUUGGGGAUGAAGGUGUGGCUCAGCUCUCUGCCAUCUUUCCAGAGCUAAAAUCUUUGGAAACCCUGAACUUAUCUCAGAAUAACAUCACUGAUAUGGGAGCCACAGAGCUGGCCAAGGCUCUGCCAUCACUGGCAAGAUCUCUUGUUACAUUGAGCUUGUACAACAACUGCAUCUGUGAUACUGGAGCCGAGAACCUUGCUAGCGUGCUUCCUGACAUGGUAUCCCUGAGAAUGCUUGAUGUCCAGUACAACAAGUUCACAGGGGCAGGAGCACAACAGCUCACAGCCAGUUUGAAGAAAUGUCCACAUAUUGAGACACUGGCGAUGUGGAAUCCCACCAUUCCUUAUGGGGUUCAGGAACAUCUACAACAGUUGGACUCCCGAAUAAGCUUGCGAUAACAUCAAAUUGACUGUUCAGAAAGGUCCUAGGUCCAGAAGCCUUUCUGGGAUUCUCAGGCUUCAUCCAUCCAUCAGGCCUUCAGCUCAAAAAAGGCAAAUCUCUGUUGGAAGAGUCUAACUUGGCAGCCAUGUUGGUUUGUAUCCAGCCAUCUCAGACUGGUCCGUGUUCCUCCUGAUCUUCUGCCGGCAUAAAA